AUGGACGCAGCAGCAGGAGGAGCAUUCCUCUCCCUCAAUGUUGUGGGAGCUAGAACGCUCAUCGACAAGGUUGCUUCCAACCAGAGUUGGAAGGGAGAUAGGCAGCCGGCCCAUGCAAAAGAAAUAUAUGAAAUUGACAGUGUCAAUGUGCUGGCAGCCAAGAUGGAUCUUCUCAUGGAAAAACUGGAAUCUCCACACCAGGAGGUUAACCAGACUAUGGAGCCUCAGAUAACAUGUGAAAAAUUUGGCAAUACUGGACACUUGGGCAAAUCUUGCCCACUCACUCAAGAGGACGAGAACUCCAUUGGGAACAACACUCCCAAUGACUCAGACUGUCGUCCUCGGCAAGGUUGGAAUCCUAAGCCCGACCUCCCCUUCGGCCAACAGCAAGAGCGAAAAAGGAGGCUGGUGGACGACGAGCAAUUCGGCAAGUUCGUUGAGGUUCCCACGUACGCCAAGUAUCUCAAGGAUAUACUUGGCUAUAAGAGGGUCCUGCCGACCACCGAGGUCGUGCAGCUUUUGAAUGAGUGUAGCACAGCUAUACUCAAUCCUCUUCUGGAGAAGAAGAAGAAACCAGGAUGCCCCACCAUCAAAUGUUCCAUCGGAGCUCAACACUUUCGGCACGCUCUUUGCGAUCUGCGAGCAAGCAUCAGCAUCAUGCCAAAGCUAGCAGACCAAUCAGUUCGUCAUCUCGCGGGGAUCGCCAAGGAUAUUCUGGUGAAAAUACGGAAUUUCUUUGUCCCCGUUGAUUUUGUCAUUCUUGACAUGGAAGUCGACACUGAGAUCCCUCUCAUAUUGGGGGGGCAUUCUUGA